AGAGCCCAUGCCCCCAACUGGAGCCUUCACCCCCUCUACAUCCCAACUCUGUGCUCCAGCACCCCAACUCAUUUCUGCCUGCACCCCAGCCCCCAAUUUCAUGAGCAUUCAUGGCCGGCCAUACAAUUUUCAUACCCAGAUGUGGCCCUUGGGCCAAGAAGUUUGCCCACCCGUGGUGUAAGUGAUGACCUAGGUUCAAGGGAAGAGAGAAUUAGGCCCUAAUGGCUGCCUGACCCAGUCUGCUUUCCUAGGCUUUUGGGAAGAACAAGUAGCAACGUGCACUUGCCUCUAGUUCCGAGCAGUACCAGGAUACAUGGGUACCUUCUUGGGUACCGACAGCAGCAGAACUAGUGAGUUUCAGUGCAGUAGUUAUGCAGGGCAUCUGGUACUGGCUUCCUUCAUGUCACAGCCUGGCACAGUUUCCCCCUUUGAGUUGCCUCCAACUGCUACAGAAUCUUCUGACAUCACUAGCUCACAGCCUGCCUCUAUACGUCCCAUUUACAGGACUGAAAUUCUCUCUAUAUGAUAGAUGCACAUACAGAUCACCAGCCAAAAGGAAAAGAAGCACAUCCAGUGCCACCCUUUAAUAGAGCAGGAUGUUCCUGGUCGGACUGUCAGGUGGAAUUGCUUCAGGAAAAAGCACAGUAGUGGCAGUAUUCCGGGAACUGGGCUGUGCAGUGAUUGAUGCCGACGUUAUUGCCAGACAGGUGGUUCAGCCCCGCUUCUUGGCCUAUCAGCAGAUAGUGCAUAACUUUGGAAGUGAAAUCCUCCUGGAGAGUGGGGAGAUAAACCGAGAGGCUCUGGGAAACAUUAUCUUCUCCCACCCAGAAAAACGGCAGCUGCUGAACGCCAUCACUCACCCUAAGAUCCAGAAAGAGAUGCUGAAACAGAUUUUUAAAUACUUUGCGCUAGGCUACCGCUAUGUGAUUCUGGACAUUCCUCUGCUGUUUGAGACCAACACACUAACCAAGUUCAUGAAACACACAGUCUUGGUUUACAGUGAUCCACAGACACAGCUGUCACGACUGAUGAAGAGGAAUGGCCUGGCCCAGGCAGAGGCAGAAGCCCGCAUUGCCUCCCAGCUGCCACUUGAUGAGAAGUGCAAAUUAGCUGACCACGUGAUUGACAACUCCGGGGACUGGGAGAGCACACGGAGGCAGGUCCUGAGACUGCACUCUCAGCUGGAGGACUCUCUGGAUUUCCUCUUGGUGCGCUUGGUGGCAGUCACAGCAGUUGCUGGAAUUGGUGGGCUGGUGUGCUUUCUCCUCAGGCAUUUUCUCUCAUAAUUCCCUUUUUUAAGGGACCAAAACUCUGCCUGGAAUUUUAAGUUUGCAAAGGGCAAUGAAAGGUCAUGAGCCUUAAUGGCUUUGCCAUCUGAAUACAGACAACAAGAUGAGCAGAGUCUCCUUGUAAACUUCUCAAGGCGAAGCAUGGAUUCCUUGCCAGUGCACUGACUCGGCUUCUUUCUUUUAACUUUUUAGUCCUGUUAUUAAUGCUAUUAACUGCUGCAGGUGAGGGGUAGCUGUAAUGGAUGGAGGCCCCUAGACAUUCAAGUAUGAAGUAAUUACAUGGUUAGGGUGACUGUAUUAGGCCAACUCAUUGAAGUGCUAGUCUACAGGGCGAAAGGAACCUUUCCUUUGAUUUAACCCUGGGUGGAAUACAAUUACUUAACAUGUCUCUCGGCAGUCUGGUCCAGGAGUGGGGAUCUGGACUAUGGAGUUCUCUUCCCCCACUUCCCAGCAUCCUCAGCUCCCAAGAGCUGGCCCUAAAUGGUUCACUUUGACUCUAGACAAGUAAUUUCACUUCUGUUUCCUGAUUGUGAGAUUUAAUGAAUUUUUGCCAAGUGCCUUAAACCCCACCAAUGUGGGACAUUGUAAAAUUGCAAGAGUUACUAUAAAACGUUGAUCUCCUGCUGUCA